AUGUCAAACCAGUUUACUGUAGACCUCUGCCUCUUUGACCUCGAUGGAACCAUUGUCAGCACCACCAGAGCUGUCGAGAUGACCUGGAAGAAGCUUUGCGCAGAGCAUGACGUUGAUCCAGAAGAGCUAUUCCGUUUCUCCCACGGUACUAGAACUGGUGAAGUAUUUGCUAAAUUCUUCCCAGACAUUGACAACACUGGUAACAGGGCAGCUGUGGCAUUCGAGUUGUCAAUAGCCGAUGAUCUAAGUCUUAUCUCGUUGAUUCCAGGUGCCCAAGAACUACUGUUGAAAUUAGACAAGAACACGACAGAUGGCUCUGCAGUUGGUGAGCGCAAAUGGGCAAUAGUCACAUCAGGAUCACCAGAAUUGACACUGUCGUGGUUUGAUAAUGUCUUAAAGGAAGUCGGAAGACCACCCGUGUUCAUUUCUGGUGCCGAUGUAGCAAAGGGCAAGCCCGAUCCAGAAGGAUACUACACUGGACGGAAUCUACUAUGUCAGAAACUAGGUCUUGACGCUUCUCAUGCGAGGACAGUGGUAUUUGAGGAUGCUCCCGUAGGUAUCAUGGCUGGUAAAGCUAUUGGUGCCAUUACAGUGGGAAUCGCAGGUACAUAUGACAAGGACUUAUUGUAUUCAGCAGGUGCUGACUAUGUAGUUUCAGACCUUAACCAGGUGAAAGUAAUUGAAAACACAAAAGGUGGCCCCAUCAAACUGGAAAUUGUAGAACCACUAGGUAAGAUAUAG